AUGGCAUUUCUUGGAGAAGCUGCUGCAGGAAAAAUUUGUGAGAUGGCCGUGGAGAUGGCCGUUCAGAAAUUAACUGAGGAGGCAAAGCUGCUACUGGAUUUCAGCAAAGACUUCUUGUGGUUACAGGAUAAACUCAUAUAUGUAAGGAGCUUUCUGCGAGAUGCUGAUCAACAGUCUCCACAUAAGGAGGGUGUAAAGCAAUGGCUAGACAGAAUUCGCGUUGUUUCCUUGCUUGCAGAAGACAUCUGUGAGGAAUGCGCUGUAGAAUCUAUUUAUGGAAAUGAUCCUCAAUCUUGUGGGUUCAGUUGUAAUCAAUGGAUUUUUCGCCAUAGGAUAGGGCGCAAAAUUAAGGACAUCAAGGAGCGCAUCAGAUCUAUUAUUGAAGAUAGAAACGAGCUGAAGCUAUUGGGUGAAGUUGUGUCUGCAAAUGAAGCAUCGUCCAGUACAUCUCACCGUGUAGACCACAAGAAAUCUUAUCUUCUGCCCAGUGGCAGCUAUUCACACGCAGUGGGAAUACAGUCCAAAGUUGAUGAUAUGCUCAGAUUGUUGGACAACAAUGCCUCUCCAAUUAUUGCGGUUGUUGGGAUGGGGGGCAUAGGCAAGUCCUAUCUUCUUCAGCAUGUUUUCAACUACGUAAAGGAAAGGUAUGAUAAAUCUAUAUGGCUUUCAUUUUCUCAGUCUUAUUCUAUUUCCACGUUGCAAUGCGACAUCGCUUCAUACUUGGGUUUAGGACCGCAAAUUAAGAAUGAGGGAGUAUCUCAAGAGAGAGCAGCAGAGCUGAUUCAUGAAAAUUUAAAAGGAAAGAGAUAUCUUGUAGUGUUAGAUGAUGUGUGGGAGGCAAGGGAAGGUUUAUUAUGUAAGCUUGGCCUCUUAACUGGAGACAAUGGGCAUUGCAAAGUUUUUCUUAGCACAAGAAACAGAGAGGUUUGUACAAUUCUGAAUGCUCAUAUUUACGAGAUGCAAUUUUUGUCAGACAGUGAGAGUUGGAAUCUUUUUCGUUUCUAUGCAUUUAAAGGAAAUGAAGCGCCAAAUCAUCAGCUCGAAGAAGUGGGCCGUGACAUUUUAAAACAAUGUGGGAAUUUGCCGCUUGCUAUCAAAAUGGUAGCUGCAGCUCUACCAAAGACCAGAAUGCCAAGGGACUGGGAGUCCAAGCUACAUCGGCUGAAAGAGGUAGUCAUUGCGGAUGAUGAUCAGAUCAUACCCAUUCUCAGACUCAGUUAUUUCUCAUUGCCUGCUCGUCUUAAAGCGUGCUUUGCCUAUCUUUCUUUCUUUCCCAAGGUUGAGCAGAUAAAUUGUGAGUAUCUAGUAUAUCUGUGGAUCGGGGAAGGAUUUAUUCCAGCAGGAGAGGGCCAGUGGGAGGCGGCGUGGUAUUGUAUAAAACAGCUUGCCAAUCUUUGUCUGCUUCAAGUCUGGGAACAGUACGAGGAUAGACCAAGUUGUAAACUAACCAAUUAUUGUACAACUCACGAUUUGUUACAUGAUUUGGCCAUAAACAUAUCAAAAGAAAAUAAAUGUAUUUUUUCAGUUGAGGAAGCCUCUAAAGGUGAAAAUGGUGACUGUUGUCGGAUUUUACUGGGCAUGAAAGAUGUAAAUGACGCUCCCAUAUCGGAGAGGCCUAUUGUUUUGCUCCGCACACUCUCAUUGUAUCAGAAUUGGAGGAUUAAAAGCAUUCCACAAAACUUGUUUACUGCUAUGAGAGGACUGCGUGUUCUCGAUUUGAGCGGGACAAGCAUCUCUAAAUUGCCUCAAAGCCUUGGAAAGAUGACACUUCUAAAAGUCUUGAAUUUAAAUAAUACAGAAAUUGAGAAGGUACCAAAGUGUGUGAGACACCUAAAAAGUCUCUUGUUCCUUGCACUACCUCAAAGAUGUGAGAAAUUACCAGUGUGGAUAAAUGAAGUUAAAUGUCUUCAGCAUUUAGAGUGA